AAGGUCGCAAUGUGACUACUGCACCACGUUAGUAUUAGUGCAUUCAUACAAGACCUCGGUUAAAGAUAUACGAAUACGAUUGAUACAUUGUCCUGCACUGUAUACUACAGACCACAGUCACUACUUCCCCAAGCGUUGCAAAGCGUAGAUUUUCUAGCUGAUCCAUUAACCUUUGCUAUCAAGUUAAUAAGGAAAUUGGUAAUCUGCAAAAAUGGCACAGCGGUUUCCUGUGCCAAAUGCAGCCAGCAAUGGGCCACCACCACAGCGAUACCCAUCACCAUCUGUACCACCAAACAUGAGACAGUAUUCCAGUCCUAAUUUUCCUAUGCAACAGAGGACAGGAUUUACACCUCCACCUCAAAUGGGUUCAGGACCUGGUCCAGGUAUGAUGAGGCCCAAUCAACCUUAUUCUAAUAUGAGACAGGGUCCCAUGGCUACCCCUCCUGGUGGUAAAAGAGGUGCUGAUCAACGUAUACCAAUGUCACAACAAAAACCGUAUUUUUGGAACAGCGAUUUUUCACAUUCUACGUCUAAAAAGAAGAAAAAGUUAGCUGACAAAAUCCUACCUCAAAAAGUACGUGAUUUAGUACCUGAAUCACAAGCUUACAUGGAUUUACUUGCAUUUGAAAGAAAGUUAGAUGCUACAAUAAUGAGAAAGCGACUAGAUAUUCAAGAAGCUUUAAAACGUCCUAUGAAACAGAAACGUAAAUUAAGGAUUUUUAUUUCAAAUACGUUUUACCCAGCAAAAGAAGCAACUGAAAAUGAAGAAGGUUCAGUGGCUUCAUGGGAGCUUAGAGUAGAAGGAAGAUUAUUAGAUGAUAAUAAAAAUGAUCCCAACAAGGUCAAGAGGAAAUUUUCUUCUUUCUUCAAAAGCUUGGUAAUUGAAUUGGACAAGGAUUUGUAUGGGCCAGACAAUCAUUUAGUUGAGUGGCAUCGUACUUUAACAACGCAAGAGACUGAUGGCUUUCAGGUGAAAAGACCAGGUGACAAGAAUGUUCGAUGUACGAUACUACUGCUUCUUGAUUAUCAGCCUCUACAGUUCAAACUCGAUCCUCGAUUAGCGCGCUUAUUAGGAGUUCACACACAAACAAGGCCUGUUAUUAUAUCAGCACUUUGGCAGUACAUAAAAACACACAAACUUCAAGAUAGUCACGAGCGUGAAUACAUUAAUUGUGAUAAAUAUUUGGAACAAAUUUUUGCAUGCCCAAGGAUGAAAUUCGCUGAAAUUCCUCAACGAUUGAAUCCACUUCUUCACCCACCUGAUCCAAUCGUUAUUAAUCAUGUGAUUAGUGUAGAAGGUACAGAAACUAAGCAAACUGCUUGUUACGAUAUCGACGUCGAAGUUGACGAUACAUUGAAGACGCAAAUGAAUAAUUUUCUGUUGUCAACUGCAAGUCAACAAGAAAUUCAAAGCCUUGACAACAAAAUUCAUGAAACAGUUGAAACAAUCAAUCAGUUGAAAACCAAUCGGGAAUUUUUUCUUAGCUUCGCAAAGGAUCCACAACAGUUCAUCAAUAAAUGGAUUAUAUCGCAAACAAGAGAUCUCAAGACUAUGACCGACGUUGUUGGAAAUCCGGAAGAAGAGCGACGAGCAGAAUUCUAUUAUCAGCCAUGGGCUCAAGAAGCAGUAUCUCGAUACUUCUACACAAAAGUUCAACAAAAGCGAGCAGAAUUAGAACAAGCUCUUGGUAUAAGAAAUUCCUAAGGAUAGGAGAUAUAUUAUCGACGACAAUCAACGCCGAUUCUAUUAUAUGUAAUUCUAUCUUUUUAUAUAGAGUUUUAAAAUAAUUUUAAUACAGCUUUCGCCUUUAUUAAACAAGCAAUUUUGUAUUAAAUUGAAGAUCUAAAAUAUGGUUCAUAAGUUGGAACACUUGAUUAAAUAGAUCUUUGUAAAAUAAAUUCAAUUCAAUUUUUGAUUUGUAAUUGUCUGCAUCACAGCGGGAAAACUUGCGCAAUGGAAGAAUAAAAAAGCAGUCAUUCAAAUACACAUCUGACUAUUAGUUUUUCCAGUACUAGACAUACUUUUAAUUAAAAUAUGUAUUUAUGAUAUGCCUCAAAUUAAAUUUUAAUUCUUAUGCACAUCGACAACCACUUGAUAAGAUUAGUGUGAACCCGUUUUCUUUUUUAGAACAGAA